AUGGCUGAGGCAGGUAGUAGUAUUGGUAGCAGGAGCCAAAGAUGGUCCCUUGAAGGAAUGACCGCUCUUGUCACUGGCGGAACCAAAGGAAUAGGGUACGCUAUUGUGGAGGAAUUGGCAGGAUUUGGGGCGACUGUAUACACAUGCUCAAGAAAUAAAGUCCAACUUCAUGAGUGCUUAGUUGAGUGGCAGAGGAAAAAAUUCCGAGUGUGUGGUUCUGUUUGCGAUGUGGCGUCCGAAGCAGAUCGAAAAGAGCUGGCCAACAAAGUCUCGUCGCUCUUCAAUGGAAAGCUUAACAUCCUCGUGAACAAUGUGGGGACCACCAUACCGAAAUCAGCCAUAGAGCACAAUGCUGAAGAUUUCUCAUUUCUAAUAAAAACAAACCUUGAAUCUGCUUACCAUAUGUGCCAACUUUCUCAUCCUCUUCUGAAAGCUUCAGGAGAAGCUAGUAUUGUUUUUAUCUCCUCCAUUGCGAGUGUAAUAUCAUUACCUGUCGGAACCAUGUAUGCCGUUACUAAAGCUGAGAUGAACCAAUUGACAAAAAAUCUUGCCUGCGAAUGGGCGCAAGACAAUAUAAGAAGCAAUUGUGUUUUGCCUUCGGUUACUAGAACCCCUCUAGCUGAACCUUUUUUUAGUGAUGAAAGCUUUUUAAAGCCUGCCAUUAGUCGAAUGCCCAUUGGACGCGUGGCAGAGCCGAAUGAAGUGUCUUCAUUGGUGGCAUUUCUAUGCCUACCAGCAGCUUCAUAUAUAAGUGGCCAGGCUAUUUGUGUUGACGGAGGCUUUACAGUGAAUGCCUUGUUCUCUUACCAUGCAUGAUGCACAAGGGAUUAUGGCCCAAAACCCGAUCUACGCGAUUAUAUUUCAUCUUCUUAUAGUUUGGCACGUGUUAUAUGUUGUACUGUAAUAAUGUUCUACUUGUAUUU